AUGGCCGGACCUGCGUCCAGCGUCACGCAAGACGGACACGCUUCCAACAAACCAGAGGGAUCUAGCGGCUCUAAUGGAGCAGCAGCUCCCACUGCCGCGGCUCCACCAGCAGAGGCUCCAGGAGCAGCAGGGGGUUCCCAUACAGGGUCAGGGGGUUCUUUCCAACCACCGCCUGGCGCCGUCGCCGCGCCCGCGGGCCCUGGAAUCGCCGGCCCCCCUGGAACCCUUCCCCCAGUCGCGGGGGUUCCGGGCGCAGGCGGAGCACCCGGCGCAGGGGGGGUGGCGGGCGCGUCUCCUGUGAUGCAGCCGAUGCCCGGGGGAAUGCAGCACAUGCAGCCGUACAUGGUUCCGCCUAUGGGGCCGGAUAUGCAUGGCAUGUACUACCCCGGGAAUGGAUACAUCCCCCAUUACUACUACGAUUACUCCAUGCCAGGUUACGCGGAACCUCCGCGCAUGCCCCCGGAGCAGUGGGAGGAGUACAUGCGCAUGGCUGCGCGGAUGGAUGGAGGAGCGGGCAUGAUGGACGGCCAGCACCCGCCGCCAGGGUUUGGGUUUCACGUGCCACACUACCCGCACCCACACAUGCCGCCCGGCCUCAUGCCCCCCCAUGCACCCGGCCAACCGCCCCAGCCGCACAUGAUACACCCACCUCCACCCGGACAGCCGCAACCUCCGCCGCCGUUAACGGCGCAGCAGCAGUCGCAACAGGGACAGCAGCAGGGGCAGGCGCAGGCGCCGCAGCAGGGGCAGGGGCAGCAGCAGGGGCAGGGGCAGGGGCAGGGGCAGGGGCAGCAGGGGCAGCAGGAUCAGCAGCAAAAUCAAAACGCGCAGCAUCAGCAGCAGCAGGAUCAGAAGCAAGCACGAAGCAGCAACCAGCAGACGGGGCAGCAACCUUCGACCCAGCAGCAACAGCAACCGCAGCAGCAAGGACACCAACCCAACCAGCCGCAGCAACCCCAGCAACCCCAGCAACCCCAACAACCCCAACAACCCCAGCAGCAGCAGCAACAGCAGCAGCAGCAGCAGCAUCAGGGCAUGGCACUUCACCACCCCCCGCCCGGCUUCAUGCCGUUCAUGCCCCCGGGCGCACACCCGUCCAUGAUGGGCGCACACAUGUUCGGCCCCCCUCCCCCCGGGUACCCCUUCCAAGGCCCUCCUAUGUUCCAGCCGCCCCUACUCCGCCCCCCCUCGCCUGGCGACCCAGCCCAGCCUGGCGAUUCCUCCCAGCCAGGCGCAGCAUCCGCGCACAUCCGCCCGGGUCACAUGCCCCCAGUGAUCGGCGCCCCUCCCCACAUGCCCCACAUGCCCAUGCACGCCUACCCCCGGCCUUCCCCCAUGUCCUCCGCCUCCCCCCCCAUAAACCCGCUCCCCAUGGGCCGUGGGGGGUACAAUCUCCUCCCCCGCGGGGGUCAGCAGCCUAUGGGCGGGCGCGGGGGAGGCGGGCGGGGGGGAGACGGUGGCGGAGGAGCGGGAAGGGGAGGCGGGCGUGGAUGGGGGGGGAACAGGCGGGGGCAAGGUCCUGGGGGUGGGGGCCAGGGAGGCGGAGGGGGAAGCGGGGGAGGGGGGAGCGGAAGUGGGCCGGGUGCUGGUGCAGCUGCAGGGGGAGGGGGAGCAGUCUCUACAACAGGCGGGGGAGGAGUGGGAGGAGGCGCAGGGGCAGGGGGAGCAGCAGGGGGAGGCGGGGGGAACACUGGGGGAGCCGGUUCCCCUGCCAACAGAGGGGCUGGUUUGCUAGGCAGCAUGGGGGGACAGGGGCAGCACCAGCAGCAGAUGGGGCAACAGGGUCCGCAGGGGCAGCAAAACGGUGUCUAUGACGGGUCUAGUGAUCAGAACAGAGGGCCUAGAACGGGCAGAAGUAGGGGGCAGGGCUUGUCCACUCCUUCCGCCCCAGGCGCCCCCAGUGCGCCUAUGCCUAUAGGAGCAGCUGCUGGUGCCAUAGGAGAGCCUAUAGGCGCUGCUGCUGCUGCCGCAGCUGCAGCAGGGGUGGGAGCAGGGGCAGCCGGGGGAGCAGUGGGGGCAGGGGGAGUGGUGGUGGCAGGGGGGGUAGCAGCAGCAGUAGGGGGGGCGCGGGGUGGAAUUACUCUACGUCUGGACGAGUACAAUCGCGCAGACUUCAAGACGUCGUACGAGGCGGCGCGGUUCUUUGUGAUAAAGAGCUACAGCGAGGACGAUGUCCACAAGAGCAUUAAGUACGGCGUGUGGGCGUCCACCCCCACGGGCAACAAGCGCCUCGACGCCGCCUUCAAGGACGCCGCAGGGAAGAGCAGCGCCAACCCCUGCCCCGUCUUCCUCUUCUUCUCCGUGAACGCGAGUGGGCAGUUCUGUGGAGUGGCAGAGAUGCUGACCCCAGUGGAUUUCACUCGAAGUGUGGACUAUUGGCAGCAGGACAAGUGGAACGGACACUUUCAAGUCAAGUGGCAUAUCAUCAAGGACGUCCCCAACUCGCAGUUCCGGCAUAUCAUCAUCGCUUCAAAUGAUGGCAAACCGGUCACUAAUAGCCGAGACACCCAGGAGGUGCCGCUGCAGCAGGGGCAGGAGAUGCUGCGGCUGUUCAAGGGCUAUUCGUCACGCACGUCCAUUCUGGACGACUUUACCUUCUACGACUCGCGCCAGCGCGCCAUGCAGGAGCGCAAGACCCGCCACCCUUCCCACCCCUUCCCUCACCAGCAGCAUCACGAGGAGAUGGCCUUUCGCGAAGCCCACGUCGCCGGUUUACAAGGCGAAGGUUUCAGCCGCGAAUCUGGGCUGUCGAAAUCAACCUUGACUGGAGAAAUACGGGAAAGGCUUGACACUGUCGCAAGCCUUCGUCAAGAGCAGAUACUGGCCUACAUCAUCGGAACGCAAGAUACAGUGAAGCUGAUAGCAUCUCGCGUUGUCAUUUCAUCCCUGCUGCUCAUGCACAAGCAAGGGAAGUCCGAUCUUACCAGAAAUGACUACAAGAUGGGAACGGAGGAUCUUAACUCAGCUGUCAUGAGUGCAGCUAAUGUCCUGGCGUUAGGAGCCUACAGCAGUGACGGUGAACUUUUGUUUUCCAGCAAGCAUCCAGCUGAUGUGGAGCCGCUGCCAAGGCGCUUGCAUGGGCGAGCACUGGUUGUGCAGAGUCGGAACAUUUCAGUGUGGUCCGGGACUCCCUAUGCCGGACGCAACAAUACAUUCUUGAUCGACAUUACAGCUUCUGUUGACUAUAAGGACACCUUUUGUGGAAUUCUUCUGGCUACAGUUGAUGCUGAGAAGUUCAAGCAAACUGUGCAUGAUGGAACUGGUCUUCAGUCCACUGGAGAGCUUCUUGUUGCAUAUGUCAAUAAAGGCGAGGACGUGGUGAAGUUCAUAGUUCCUCCAAUUAAGGAUCCUUCUGUGAAGGAGACGACUUACAGCGGUGCUGCCUACAGAGCAGGGUCAUGCCAGACUGGAUAUUAUCAAGGGGUUGACUUUCGUGGUGUUGACGUUGUUGCUGCUUACCGGCCCAUUGGCUAUGAUUCCUGGGGUCUGGCAGCCACAAUCGACAAAAAUGAAGUAUACAUGUCUAUUAGGAAGUUUGAGAAGAUUAUUAUAAUUUCAAUGUCCUGCAUCUUUGUGCUAGGGAUCCUCGCCGCCUAUGCCUUAGCCACGUAUUUCUCCCGUCCGAUCAUGGAGCUUGGCGAUGCAGCGAGCAAACUGGCACGGGGUGAUUACAGUGCAAGAGCUCAUGGGCGGCGAGGCUGCUUGAAAGACGAGAUUGAUGAGCUUUGCUUUGUGUUCAAUGACAUGGCUGAUCAGAUCUCCAGCGCUUACUCUACUUUGGAACAAAAGGUGGUGGAACGCACACAAGAUCUGGCACUGCUGAACCAGGGUCUAUCCUCUGAGGUGGAAGAGAGGAAGAGUAUGGAGUUACAGCUUCAGGUUGCCAAGGAGCAGGCAGUCUCAGCAGACAAGGCAAAAUCUGAGUUUCUGGCAAACAUGUCUCAUGAGAUCAGAACACCAUUGAAUGGCAUCAUCAACUGCACUGAGCUCUGCUUGGAUACUGCUCUCAGCUCCGAACAGAUCGAGUAUCUUGAGCUCUCCCUGUACUCGGCCAAGCAUCUUCUGCGUCUGAUUGCUGACAUUUUGGACUUCAGCAAAAUCGAAGCAGGAAAAAUGGACCUGGAGAACAUUGAGUUCUCACUAGAGGACCAGAUGGAGCAUGCCGUAUCUGUCCUGGCAAAUCGGGCAAGGAAGAAGGGCCUUGCACUUGUAUCAUGGAUGAGGUCUCCUAACAUGCCAGAAAGUCUCAUGGGUGACCCUGGACGCCUUCUUCAGAUCUUCAUCAACCUUUUGGGUAAUGGGAUCAAGUUCACUGAGAAGGGGGAGGUUCUGCUAACUGCAACACUUGUUUCUCUCGAGGAUCAGACUGCAGAGGUUCUUUUUGCUGUUAAAGACACAGGGAUCGGCAUACCUCAAGCCAAACAGUGUCUUUUAUUUCAAGCUUUCAGUCAGGUGCACGCAUCAGAUUCACGGCUGUAUGGAGGGACAGGAUUGGGAUUAAUGAUCUCGUCUCGCCUGGCUAAUGCGAUGGGUGGCCACAUGUGGGUAGAGAGCGAAGAGGGUUGCGGGUCAACGUUUUGUUUCACAGCCAAGUUCACCGUACCAGCUGAGCCUGCAAAGCCCUCCUCGUUGGCACGGUGUGGCACUCUGUGUCCGAAAAUUAACACUUUUCGCGGGCUUGUUGUGGAUGGGAAUGAAUCAUUGAGGAAGUCCAUCCUUUCGACUCUUGAGAAGUUGAAAGUAAAGGCAGACGAUGCAGCUGAUGCAGCCUCCGCUCUGGAAAUGCUCCAGAAAGCAGCAUACGACGAGUCUCCAUACACCCUCCUCAUUGUCGACUCUGAAGUCAGGGACUCUCCCCAUGUUUCCUCCUCAUCAUCAUCCUCUCCCUCCUGCUCCUCCUCCUACGAUAACUGUGCUGCCUCGUCCAUCAGCUGUGCGAAGCUGCUGCGACACAUCAGGGAGCAGAAUUUGCUCCAUCAGGACAACUUUGGAUGCGGAUUCUCAAAAGGGGAAUGCAGUAGCGGUGCCGCGCAAGAGAUGGAGGAUCUCACUGGGCGCUCGGAGUCCCCUGUGCCCACUUGGCUGUUCUCCGGGGACCAGGCCUCAGCAGCAGCACAAGAAGAGCCUGAUACCUGGGUGCUCUCUUCAGGAACAGGGGGAAACGCUUCCGCAAAGAAACCAGGCGAGAGUUCCGGCCAGCAGGUACUGACAGUUCAGAGGGCUGAAUCUCAGUCUGCUACAUCUGACAGUGGAGGAGAGAUGCGGCUGCAGAGGUGCGGCCAGGCACAGGCUUCCUGCUCUGCAACUGAGGGGUGUCAACCCGAGCCUCAGGAAGAGGACUCGGCACUGCCUGUGGUGUUGCUGACACCGGGUGGUCCUGACGACAAGGCCUUGUGCAAGGAACUCGGGGUGCAACUCCAUGCCCCCAAACCUGUGAAGAGGAAAGUGCUUCUGCGAAGAGUCAAGCAGGCAUUGAAGCUCCCUCUGCAGGAUGGGCUGUCUGCCUCAAAUUCAAGUGCUUCAGACGAGGCAUCGGCAUCAGCAGCGGCUGAGAGGUGUCUCAAGGUCCUGGUUGCAGAAGACAACAUUGUGAACCAGCGGGUCGCCAUGACUCUGCUGCGCAAGUGGGGGCACGAGGCGGUUCUGGCCAGUGAUGGUGAAGAAGCCCUGGAGAAGGUUCAGACAGGAGUGUUUGAUGUGAUACUAAUGGAUGUGCAAAUGCCUGUUUGCGAUGGUCUGCAAGCAACCAAGAGGAUUCGUGAAUACGAGUCUACAACAAAUCGCCAUACGCCCAUUAUUGCUAUGACAGCACAAGCCCUUAUCAGAGAUGGAGUGAAGUGCAUAGAGGCAGGAAUGGAUUCGUACAUGAGCAAACCUUUGAACGCGUCCAAGUUGAAGGAUCUCUUGCGCCUUGUGUGUCAAUCACAUGUGCUUCCGAAGCCAACCAAUGAUUGUGCCCGAGAAUUUUAA